AUGGAGGAUUUUGUGAUGACAAAAGGAGCCAGGGACAAACAAAAUAUUGUUGAAAAUUUUGUAUCAGUAACUCACUCAAGUUAUAAAAAAAAACCUAAACAACAAAAUGAUGAUAUUAAUAAAUUUAAAUUAAAUAAAAAUGACAAUGAUGAUAUUGAUCCAAGACGUAAACAAGAAAUUGAAAUGAAACGUUUACGUUGGGAUAUUAUGAAAUUUGGAUCAUCUGGUUUUGAUAAAACAACUAAAAAUAAAGCUAAAGUUGAAUUGGCAAUAAGUCUAGGUGCAAUACCACCAAAAAAUCGUGCUCAGAAUUAUAAAAGAUUACAACAAAAUCGUAAACUUGAAAAAACAAAAGAAAAAGAAACACCAGAACGUCAAUCAGGUGUUAGACGUAGUUUAAAAUCAACUAAAACCAAGAAAAAACGAGUCAAAAAAGAUACUGGAAUUCUUGGUGUUUAUGGAAAGGUAGAAAAAAAAUUAAUUAAAUAA